CAAGUAUGUUUCGGCUACGUUCAGAUCUGUCCAAAAGAGGUGACAAAUCGCGCUGUCGAAAAGAGAGUUUCAAAACAUGUCGGUGACGCUCCACACGGACGUUGGUGACAUCAAAAUCGAGCUGUUCGUGGAGGACUGCCCCAAGACAUGCGAGAACUUCCUGGCCCUGUGCGCCAGCGACUACUACAACGGCAGUCUCUUUCACCGGAACAUCAAGGGGUUCAUCGUGCAGACGGGCGAUCCCACGGGCACGGGAAAGGGCGGUGAGUCGAUUUACGGCGGCAAAUUCGAGGACGAACUCAAGGACAGCCUGAAGCACAGCGAGAGAGGAAUGGUAUCAAUGGCGAACAGCGGUCCGGGAACUAAUGCUAGUCAGUUCUUCUUCACCUACGCCGCCCAUCCGCACCUCGACCUCAAGUACACCCUCUUUGCGAAGGUUAUCGACGGCUUUGAGGCGCUGGACGAGCUGGAAAAGCUGCCAGUCAAUCCCAAAACCUACCGGCCGAUGAUCGAGAAGCGCAUCAACACUGUCACCAUCCAUGCCAAUCCCCUGGCCGGAUGACCCACACCUGGAAAACUUCCGUCGGGAAAGCCUCACUGAAAUCCACUCACUUUUCCAAUCUUCAUGUGGUGUCGAUUAUGUAGAUAAUCUCAAAAAAUGCAAACGGAAAUUUCUUAUCA